UCGAUACACUUCAAACAAACGUAAAUAUUAUUAGAUAGAUAAGAACUUUAAAGAGAAGUAACUAUGGAGUCUUCUACGGAACAAUCAAUGAAUGCUAAAUCUUAUUUGGUGUUCGAUUAUAAAGUGAAUAAUUUGCUCUUCUAUAAUCUUUCCAUAUCAAGUGUUGAAGAAAUGCUGGGUAUUUGCUUAAUGGUAUCAUUAAUGGUAUUACUGUAUGAAACCAUAAAGAUUUUCCGAAAGCGCGUGUUACAGUUACUCGAAAAUAAUGAAAGAAUAUUUAAGAGGAAAGAAUCUCCAUCGAUCACUUCUGAGAAAGCCAUUAUCGCAAAAGUUAGAAGAUAUUCUGUUCAGGAUUGGAAGAGAUUGGUCUUAUUUAAUUCUAAAAGGUCCGAAAAAGAGAGGAAAACUUUAUGCUGUUUUUGUAUACUUUCCAUAUCAGAUUGAACUCCAUCUUCAAUUCCAAAAGGAUACUCUACCUCAUGAAAUUAAGCUGUAAGCUUAUUUAAAAUGAUAUCUUAUA